GCGCAUUUCCCACACGUGCCACAGGUGCAAUCUCAUCUAUCAGUCGCGUGCCACCACUGAUCGGUGUGGCAAGCGCUGGCACAGAACCGAAAUGGACGCCAAGACCGAGUGCCAAUACUCGUACAAGCCGUGCUCGAACCCGCGUACGACCAAGCGCAACGGCGCGCCGCACCUCCUCUGCGAGUACCACCGCAAGAAGGCGAACGCGAUCCAGCGGGUCUACGCGCAGAAGAAGCGGCUCCAGAAGCAAGCCGCGAGCGCCAGCCACCGCCACAGCACCCAGCCUCCGGGCACCGAGUACGCGAUGCAGUCGACGCACACGCGCCACCACAUUGCGAUGCCGCAGUACCUCGAGCCGUCGUACCACAAUCGGGCCAACGUCCAGUUUGACCCGCGAGGAGGAGGCGUCUCGAUGGCGCUGCCCCGCCUCAUGUACCCGCCUGUCGCCGACAAUGGCUUUGGGUAUCUUACAGCGCUUUUGCGAGACGACCUGCGUGGCGAGAAGAGUCCGCACCACCACCACAGCACCCACCACGGACGGCUGCCGUAGUUAGUUGUCGAGCCCUAACGUACACUCUUAUCCUGCAUCUUCCA